CGCGCGGAAGGCGCAGGCGCGGAGCGGGGCCGGUGCUGCACUGAGGGAGUGUCUCCGGCUGGGUUGGAGAGCGUUUCCCUGGGAGAGGCGGCCGGGCAGAGCGAGCUGAUGAACGAGGACAUCCGGAUCCAUUCCUGGCCUUGCUCCUACUACCUGGACACCAGCAAGCAAUGGAUCCCUGGGAAGCUCUCCCUGACUGCCACUUCCAUCAGAUUCACGGCUGACAAAACGGGAGAGCUCCUGGUGGAUUUCCAUCUUUCCGGCAUCAGCGAGAUCAAGAAGGAAUCUUCCCAUUUGAUCUUCAGCUCCCUCACCGUCCUGGAGAAAGGCACCAAGCACUGGUUCAGCUCGCUGCAUCCCAACAGGAAUGUGGUGUUCAACAUCCUGGAGCAUUUCUGGAGGGAGCAGCUGGUGGCCAGCCAGGAGGGGGGAGCGGGAGCGGCCUUGGAGUCCAGCAAGGGCAGGGAAUUGACGGGGAUGUUGGAGGGAUCCCAGAAACGCCUGGAGGACACGGCCAGGGUGCUGCACGCCCAGGGGGAGCAGUUCGACAACAUCAUGAGGGGACUGCACAAGAUCGAGGGGGACAUGGAUGUGGCUGACAGGCUGCUGACAGAGCUGGAAUCUCCCUCCUGGUGGCCCUUCAGCACCAAACUCUGGAAAUCCCCUGUGGAAGCAAAGCCCAAGGAAACCCCCGCGGCUCCGGAUCCCAAAAGCCAGGAGGGAAUCCUGCUGCGAAUCCCGGUGAUCAUCACGCACAGGACAGACUCCAGCGCCAAACCCGGCAAACUCACGGUGCUCCCCUCGGGCCUGGAGAUCCAGGAUUGCAAUUGCCAGCUCCUGCACCGCUUCGAGGCGCGGGACGUGGACGACAUCUGGGUGCACACUCCCUACGAGAUCAGCGUGCGGCAGCGCUUCAUCGGCAAACCCGACACCUCCUUCCGCCUCCUGGCCGCGCGCAUGCCCGAGGCCAUCCCCAUCCUGGAGAUGCAGUUCAGCAAGAAAAUCCAGUUCUUGGAGGAUGCUCUCGGCUUUGCCGGAGCCAGGAAGUCCCCUCAGGCGGAUUUGGGGACGUCCAUCUGGCAGGCAGCCACGGGAUUCCUGGGGGCCGCAGCGAGUCCCGAAGGGCCGGACAAGGAGCAGGUGCAGCUGCAGAAAGUGUCCCAGGAGGAGGCCAAGGAGCUCCGGCAGAUCCUGAAGAAGCUGAAGGGCCUGGCGCUGGAGACGGAGGCGGAGCUGGAGCGGCAGGACGAGGCGCUGGAUUCCAUCGGCAGCUCCGUGGAUCGCGCCACGCUCACCAUCGAGCGGCAGAACCGCAGGAUGAGGAAGCUGACGUAGCUUUCCGCCGGAGCAGGAGGGUGGGGGAGCCGGGAUGUUCAGGACUGGAUUUUCCAGAGACGCUUUGGGAAGGGUUUGGGAUGAGGUUUGGAAAAUGGCGCUGCUGGGGGUGAGCUCCUGAGAGGAUUGAAGCGGUUCCUGGACUUGGAUGGUGGUUGGAUCUUGGAUGAGGUUUGGAUUUUGGAUGAUAUUUGGAUGCAAUUGGAUCUUGGAUGCAAUUGGAUCUUGGAUGAUGGUUGGAUCUUGGAUGAGGUUUGGGUCUUGGACAGUGUUUGAACCUUGGAUCACAGCUGGACCUUGGACAGUGUUUGGAUUUUGGAUGAUGGUUGGAUCUUGGACCAUAGUUGGAUCUUAGAUGAAGGUUGGACCUUGGAUAAUGUUUGGAUCUUGGAUGAAGUUUGCAUGUUGGAGGAUGGUUGGAUCUUGGAUAAUGAUUGGAUCUUGGAUGGCUGGAUCUUGCACUGUGGUUGGAUCUUGGAUAAUGCUUGGAUCUUGGAUGGCUGGAUCUUGGACCAUGAUUGGAUCUUAGAUGGUUGGAUUUUAGAUGAAGGUUGGACCUUGGAUAAUGUUUGGAUCUUGGAUGAUGUUUGCAUGUUGCAGGAUGGUUGGAUCUUGGAUAAGGUUUGGAUCGUGGAUAGUGUUUGGACCUUGGAUCAUGGCUGGACUUUGGAUGAGGUUUGGAUCUUGGACAGCAUUUGGAUCUUGGACAGUGCUUGGAUUUUGGAUAAUGAUUGGAUCUUGGAUGGUUGGACCUUGGAUGAGGUUUGGAUCUUAGAUGAGGUUUGGAUCUUGGAUGGUUGGAUCUUAGAUGAAGGUUGGACCUGGGAUAAUGUUUGGAUCUUGGAUAAGGUUUGGAUCUUGGACAGUGUUUGGAUUUUGGAUGGCAGCUGGAUUUUGGACGAGUUUUGGAUCUUGGACAGUGUUUGGAUUUUGGAUGAUGGUUGGAUCUUGGAUGGUUGGAUCUUAGAUGAGGGUUGGAUCUUGGACAGUGUUUGGAUAUUGGAUGAUGGUUGGAUCUUGGAUGGCAGUUGGAUCUUGGAUAAGAUUUGGAUGAUGGAUGGAUCUUGCAUGGCUGGAUCUUAGAUGAGGACCUUGGAUCACAUUUGGACCUUGGAUGAGGUUUGGACCUUGGAUGAGGUUUGGACCUUGGAUGAGGUUUGGAUCUUGGAUGGUUGGAUUGUGGAUAAUGAUUGGAUUUUGGACCACGGUUGGAUCUUAGAUGGUUGGAUCUUGGAUAACCUUUGGAUCUUGGAUGAGGUUUGCAUGUUGGAUGGUGGUUGGAUCUUGGAUCGUGGUUGGAUUGUGCAUGAUGGUGGGAUCUUGGAUGAGGUUUGGAUCUUGGAUCGUGGUUGGAUUUUGGAUGAUGGUUGGACCUUGGAUGAGGUUUGGAUCUUGGAUGAGGUUUGGAAGCUUUUUUUGGGGGGAAAGAUCCAAAUUUCCAUUCGGGAUGAAACGGAACUUGUGGAUUCUCCACUGCCAAACCCUGUAAAUAGGAAGGGAUGUGACAAAAGUGACUUAAUUCAUUAAUUAAUUCAUCAAUUAAUUACUGUGCUUUUUCAUUUUGCUGCUUUCCAGCCCAUGAAUUCCCUCUCCAGCUCUUUCCCUAAAAGCCUUUGGAGCUGAUCCUGAUUUUUAAAAUCAGCUGAUCCUGAUUUUAUUUGCACUCAGUGGUGAUGAAACAUUUCAAGGCUUUUCCAGAAUUCCUAAAACAAAAAAGGGAAUAUUUUCAAUUAAAGUCUGAAGUUUACACUUGGCUCUGUAGAGAGCAGAGAUUCCCCUCGGAAAUUUUUGAUAUUCUGUAGGAAAAAUUAAAAUUCCCAUUUCAUCAAUCCCUGCCUUCUCCAGCUCUUUUACCUCCAAGGAGCUGCCAUUAAAUAUUUAUUUUUAAAUUAUUUUUUUAUUUUAAUUUAUGUAUUUUUGGUGUCGCUUUCAAACCCGACACUUCCAGUGCAAUAUUUUUGAACAGUGAAGCUUCGAAUCCUUGGAUUCCGUGGGAAUUUUUCCCCUUUUUUUUUUUUUUUCCUGUGGGAAUUUUUCCCAUUUUUUUGGAAUCCAGCCUAGUUUUGGGAGAAAAAGACACCGAACCGUGUCGAGGGUGUUGUUUGCAAGGUUUGUAUUUCUUCAGCUUAGUUAGGACUGGAGUAAAAUUUAUUCCAAGUUUUUCCUGGCAUGCACUUUAUUGGAAAACCCGGUGAUAAUUCCAUAUCCAUCAAUGUUUUCCUGGGAAUAAAAUCCUCCUGGAGUUUCUCCUGAUGUUUCCCAACCCUCAAUCGCUGCUGGUUUACCGUGAGAGGAGAAGGAACAUCCUGCACCUCAUUUUUCCAUGGAUUUCCAAGUGGAUUUCGCACCAAAUCCGUGUUUGAUGAGGCUGGGAUGGGAUCUGGGAGUGGGGUGAGUCCAACCCAGAAUUCCCAAAAGGAAAUCUUGAGGAUUUGAGCGGUUUUGGGGUGUUCUUUGUGCCAUAUUUUUUAUUGUCGUGUGGUUUUAGCACCGACUCCGUAUUUUGUGGGUUGUGUUGAGUCCAACAUAUCCCAAAAAACGUGGAAUAUUCCUUGGGAAACCCAUCCUGGAGCUGUACAUUGGCUGAAUUCCAUGUGCCAGAAGGAUUUUCCACCUGUAAUUCCUUCUUAAUUAAAUCUCUUGGAAUUGUGA